AUGGGAUUUGAAACGAUGCCAGUAGGAUUUCGAUUUCACCCAACUAUUGAAGAGAUUUUUAUGUUUCUUCGAAUGAAGGUGAAGGGAGAGGCGUUGCCUCAUGACGAGGUGGGUGAGUUCGAUAUCUAUGGGAAUAGGGAACCAUGGAUUAUAUUCGAUCCGACGGUGAAAAAACAAUUCUUCGUCUUUACAAAGUUGAAGAAGAAGAGCAAGUCAAGGAGGGAUAGAGUUGUUGGAUGCAGCACUUGGAAGAACGAACACACUCAAGAAGUUCGUGAUCCUAAAAACAACAAACUCAUUGGAAUCAAGAAAUCUUUUGUCUUCAAAUAUACAAAGAACAAGGCCAAAGGAGGAUCAGAGGAUGUUGUUGCCAAAGGUUAG